AUGGAAGGCACUCAAAUAACUGAGCACGCCAGUGAUGACGAUGACGAUGAUGACGAUGAAGAAAACAUCGCAGGACUGGACGAAGCCCGGGCAGGACGGAUUAGCCUCCAUGUAACAUUCCAAAAUGAUUUCUCCCUUCACAUUGAGGAAUUAUCCUGCAGAGAGGCUGAGAAGUUGAAGAUGUUCCUGGACCGAGACUGCCGAAAGACAUCUAGAUCAGCCACCAACCCUGACCGCGAUUGUGAACCCAGCGGGGCCCAGAAUGAGCCCCCGUGGAAUGAGUCCCAGCUCCCUGGCGAGAGUCCCCCAGAACAAUCAGGGCCAGGUUUCCCCAAUAUGGGGAACACCUGUUACAUGAAUGCUAUUUUACAGUCACUGUUUGCAGUUCCAUCGUUUGCUGACGGCUUAACCCGACAAGGAAUCCCGUGGGAGAUGCUUCCCGCAGGAGCCUUUAGCCUGGGCUUGCGCCAGCUGCUUGUGUUCAAAGAUCUGUGUGAUGUAGAGACCAAGAAAGAGUUUCUGGUGGAUAUUCAAAGGUCUAUUUCUCAGGUUUCUGACAUCUACUCCAGCAACACUCAGAAUGACGCUCAGGAGUUUUUAGGGCACUGUUUGAGUCAGCUGAAGGAAGACAUGGAGAAGCUGCAGAGCACUGGCCAGGGAGUCAGGGAGACGGCUGAUGGACAAGCAGAGCCUCAGGUGCUGGCUGCUCAGGCUGCCCCCAGAGACUUUCCUUGUCCUGUGAGGGCCAAUUUUGAGGUGGAGUUACAGUGCUCCAUCAUCUGUAAAGCCUGUGGUGAGGUUGUUUGCAAGACAGACCUGAGCAAUUACCUGUCCAUCAGCCUGUCCCAAGAGCAACCAGGAGCGUGGUCUCUCCAAGACUCUCUGGACUUCUUCUUCAGAGCGGAGGAACUUGAGUACAAGUGUGGGAAGUGCAAGCAUGGCCGUUCUGUUGGGAUCCAAAAUGUCAGUAGGCUCCCCAGGGUCCUGAUUGUCCACCUGAAACGCUACAUUUUGGAUGCAUGCCACUUGCUAGUGAAGGAUAGCCAGUCAGUUAGUAUUCCCAAAUAUUUAAUCUUAUCAUCUCACUGCAGCGAAGACUGCAGAGGGCCUCUGCUCUCGGACAGUCAGGCCCGAAGGGAAGAAACUCAAAGCCUGAACGCUUCUCAAGACGGGACCUCUGGAGCCAGAAAUCAUCCAGGGCUGCUCCCCUCUUCCUUCGGGACCGAGCCCCUGUUUGAGAGGCGAACCCCGGCCCGGGCGUCCCCUCGGCACCUGUCUGGGGGUGGGCUCACCUGCCUCCCCGCUGCACCUCCGCAGGCGCCAAGGGCGGCGCCCGGACCCCGGCGCGCCUGA